CCUUAGGCACCGGGGGCAACACACACAGCACAGAGAGAGCCGCCCGCCGUAGCUGCUCCUGCCUCUGCCGCUUCACUAACCUCUCACCAGUCGACAACCAGACAGUAUUACUUUCGACCGUUUACCGAGCACGUCGUAAGGGACCAGUGCUUGCCCGACUUUACAACUUGCCGGACGUGUGAGAAUCAUUUUUAAGAUUUAUUUUAGUUAUCAUUUAUUUUACUUACUCUCAUUAUCAUUGACAAUUUACUAAUUAAAUAAAUAAUUAAUUUAAUAUUUUAAAUAAAUAAAUCCAGGACUUGUUCUGUCACUGACUCAAAGGACGUGGAUUCUAAAUAAUUUGUUUUUUAGUGAACGUGGUGGAGUGAUUUGUUGGUUAACUAUUUAAAAUAAGACUACAAUAUUUAAAUUUUUAAAAAACUGUGUUGUGGGGGACCAAGACUAGUUAAGUGUCAAAUAAUUUAAAUUAUUAUUUAAAACGAAAUAAUGUGUUGUGAUAGUGCGAGUAUUGGAUUAUAAUUAACUGUACUCGUUUUGACGGACUUUUCAAAAAAUUCAAAAGGAUUUGUUAUUGCAGAUAAACUGUAAGGAGGAGAGCGCGAUCAUCAUCAGGUGAACAUCGCGCUGAAAUCAUCCCCUAAGUGGGGGGUGGUGUUUGUGGGUUUAGUGCCGGGGCGAUGGUGGCAGCUGCCACAGCUACGGCCAUCGCCACUGCCUGCGUGGUGGCCAUGCAGGACCGCCAGGACAUCCCUUCCCAUUUUAAUCAAAGCCAGCAUGGAAUGCCGCAUCAGUCGUACAAUACCGGGUACGGCCAACGUGGCGGACCAAUGGGUGGAAUGGGACCCACGAUAAACAGCUACAAUGGUAUGAGUUCGAUGGUACCUGUCCAAUCAAUGAAUUCCAUGAAUUCGAUGAAUACUAUAAACAGUAUGAACGGCGCUAUGAAUCCGAUGUCAAUGAGUGGCAUGAAUGGGAUGAACGGAAUGAGUCCCAUGAGUCCGAUGAGUAGUAUGGGGAACGUCAACAACAACAUGGGUGGCAUGAACUCGAUGAUGCCCAGCGCCAUGCAGAUGAACAAGAUGAACAUGCAGCAGGCUCAGGCCCAGGUUCAAGUCCAGCAAGCGGGGUACCCACGUCGAUUGGCGCCCUACCCCAAUCCCCAAAUGCAUAUGGUCCAGAAACGUCAGCAGCAAGUUGGCUACGCGAACGUCCCCUCUAACCCGAUGCAGCAACAGCAACAGGGUUUCAACACAAUGCCAAACAAUAUCCAGCCCAAUCAAUACCCUCCGACAAACUACCCAUCAGCCCGACCGCCGCCAAACUUCCAUCCGCAGUAUCAACCAAUCCAGGGUAUGGGAAAUCCUAAUCCCGGUGGAUUCCCACCCAACUCCAUGAUACGUGGUUCCAAUAUGAGACAGCAGACCCCCAGCUACAAUACGCAAUCGGUCGUCUCGCAAUCGAGCAAUCAGUAUUACGGUGCUAAUACGCCGAGUGGCGUUGUUGGCUCCUCUGUCGUAAACAUGGGCCCCAAUGGUAUGCCCAGCCAUCAGCAACACCAGCAACAACAGCAGCAACAUCAACAACAGCAGCAACAUCAACAACAGCAAUUUAUCCACCAGCAGCAACAACAGCAACCCAACCCCGCUGGAUACGUCAGUAACUCCAGCUAUCCCACCAACGGCCAGUACACGCCUGACGUGUCGUUAAGAACAUCCGGCGCCGGUAACAUGAAUUACCAGCACAGUCCCAUUCCCGGCAAUCCAACCCCACCACUAACCCCCGCCUCAAACAUGGCGCCCUACAUAAGUCCCAAUUCCGCGGACAUAAAACCCAACUUCAACGAAUUGAAGUCUACAGUCAUGCCCCAGCAGAAAGAAGACGAACUGAGACUAACAUUCCCCGUGAGGGAUGGUAUUAUUUUACCGCCUUUCCGUCUGCAGCACAAUCUCGCUGUCAGUAACCACGUAUUCCAUUUGAAGUCGACGGUACACCAGACCCUGAUGUGGCGAUCGGACUUGGAACUCCAGUUGAAGUGUUUCCACCACGAGGAUCGACAGAUGAACACCAACUGGCCGGCAAGUGUGCAAGUGUCGGUAAACGCAACCCCACUGGUCAUCGACAGGGGAGAAAACAAAAGCUCCCAUAAACCUCUUUACCUCAAAGAUGUCUGCCAGGCUAGCAGAAAUACCAUUCAAAUUACAGUCUCAGCUUGUUGUUGUUCGCAUCUGUUCGUACUGCAAUUAGUCCACCGACCGAGCGUAAGAAGUGUUCUUCAGGGUUUGCUGCGCAAGCGGCUGCUGACUGCGGAUCACUGUGUGGCUAAAAUUAAACGGAACUUCAAUAAUACCAUGUCGAAUAACGGGAUGCAGUCCGAGAAAGAUGUUGUUGAACAAACGGCACUUAAGGUAUCGUUAAAAUGUCCGAUAACAUUCAAGCGAAUUACGUUACCGGCACGGGGGCAUGACUGCAAACAUAUACAGUGUUUUGAUCUUGAAUCAUAUUUACAACUUAAUUGUGAACGUGGCUCAUGGAGAUGCCCUGUUUGCACGAAACCCGGGCCAUUGGAAGGCUUAGAAGUAGAUCAGUACAUGUGGAGUAUAUUGACUACGUCAACUUCAGAUGUUGAAGAAGUAACGAUAGAUGCAGCCGCUAAAUGGAAAUCAUCAAAGAGCAUAGUCAGCAUAAAAACCGAAGAAGACUUGGACUGCAAGAGAAUGAUAAAAGCAAUGUCGCCGGGAAGUAUGAACAUGCCGACUAUGGUUAACUUCGAUAUGAACCAGGCGAUGAGUCCGUACAUACCUCCCGAUAUGAACAGCAUCGUCAGCGGUUCGAUGAUGAACAACACCCCACCAGCUUAUGUCAACAAUAACAUUAAUCAUCGGAACUCAUCUGGCGGUUCCUAUGAUAUAAACUCUGGCACGACAAAUCCUAGUAAUGACUACAGCAAUGGCGCUGGACCUCUGAGCCACCUGAGUGAUUCCGUCAAUUCACUCGAUCCACUAAACGCAAUGGAAAAAUCUCUAAAUGAUCAGAUGCCGCACACACCCCAUACUCCGCAUACACCACAUACACCUCACACACCAGGUGGCGGUAACAGCGGACCUCCAAGUGUGCCACCAGCAUCACAAGAAUCAACGGGAAAUCUUAAUACUUCAGGCAAUAAUACGACGAAUAUCAAUGAUAACACGGACAUACCGUCGGAUUUGAAUUUUGAUCCGGCAGCAGUCAUUGACGGCGAGGGAACCGGUCAAGAAGGAUUAAAUUUGUUGCCAGACAGUGUAGUAGACCCAAUGGAAUUACUAUCGUAUCUCGAACCACCGGAUCUCAAUACACCGCCCAGUAGCGGUGCCAGCAGUGGUAACCUAUCAUCAAGUGAUGACAUUCUCGCCCUUUUCGAGUAAAAAAGUUUAAAUAAAUAACAGUGUCGAUAAUCGAUUAUUGAAAUUAUUAUAAUAUGUUUAUCGGCGGGAACGACACAGGUCUACGUCAUCUUAAGGUGAUUACACCUAAAAAAAACAAUGGUACAAACAAAUUUAGCUAUUGACAUAGGGCAUAGUGUUAGAAAUGAUAACAUAAUGAUUAUAUAUAAUCAUUUAUUAUCAAUUUAAAUAGCGAACACAGUUUACUCUGUUAGGGCUAGUGCUUCUGUAUAAAAUUUCAUCCAUAAUGGACCACUUGAACUAGAUUUGCGAUGUUUUUUUUUUUUUAAUUUAAUAUCAAAUCGAUCUAUUGUCAAUGAAGUUGGGUUAGGUUCUGUCGAAUCGUUGCGUUUUAAAUAAUUCUUUGUGGUUUUUAUGGGAAUAAUCAGUCCUUAAUAAAUUCCUUGGUUAUGAAUAACGUGAAUUUAAAAGAAAAUUUAUUUUAAAACGUUUAUUUUUCGGAGAUGCGAUUUUUUUUAAUGGUAAACGUUUCGCUAGUCGGCCAUGAAUGGAAAAUUCUGUCAGGUCGCGCUGCAAGUGACGUUUCGCUUUUUAUCACUUGCUAAGCGAAAUUUAUCAUUAUCUUUAUAUCAAAACAGUAAUUUGGACCAAAAAAGACCGCAAAGAAAUUUUUUAGGCUUAGUCGGCAUACGGGACCUUUACCAAAAAAAAAAAAUUAAUUUGAUUCAUCGUAAAUCUGUGAGUUUAAUUAAUUAUUAAGGAAUAUUGUUAAUAAAAUAAAUAUAUUCCGGUCUUAAGUAACGGUCUGAAGGACCCUUGUACAGUACUUUAUAAUUAUUAUUUAAAUUUAUUAAGUAAUUAUUUUAAAUCUAUUGGUAUUUUAUUAUUUUUAAUGUGUAAAUAGGUUAGAUUUAUUGUUUAGCAUUACGAAAUUUUUUUUAAAAUGCUUUCGAUAAAACGCACAGAGUCUAGAUCAAAUUUUAAAACGACACAAAAUUAUUAUUAUUAUCAUUGAUUAAUGAUUAUUAAAUCAAGGGGUCGGGAAUUAUAAAUGCCAAAUUUGCCAUUAUUAUUUUUCCUGUUUUUUAAAAUAUUGAAGAACAAAUUUUUUAAAACAAAGAGUAUUUUUUAAAAUAAUAAUUAUUUUUUUUUCCUAAAAUUGUCGCCGAAUGUAAAUAAAUAAUAAUAUUUUUUACUUUAUUUUGUGUAAAAGCAGCAGUGGAGUUAUGAGGUUAUUAAAUUUUAAUUAAGUAUUUGAGGUUAUUGUGAAGGUUUCAUCUAUUUCAUGUUUCAUUUUUCAAGUUAUUUGAAUUACCCGCGCUUUUAUUUAUGAAAACAACUAAAUAUAGGUUUUCUGUGUAUUUUUUAAAAGUUCUUAUCAUGAAUUUUUGUUAACCGUUCAUUGAAAUCAAAACAAAGUCCACGAAAUUAAUUUUUUAAUUAAAAAUUUUUUUUUUAAAGAAGAAUUAUAAUUUUUACUAAGUUUAGUAUUUUUUUAACAUAAUUUUAAAUACUUAGAUGACAUUUGAAAAGAAAAAGCAGCUAAUAUGAAAAUUUUUAUUAUUUUUGACCCUGAAAUUUUAAUUUUCAUACUUUUUAACCUCUUUUCUAUUAAUUAACAGAAUUCUAAAUUAAACUUCUCUGAAAAAAUAUCCAAAAAACCUUAACCCAACUUAAUUAACCACCGGGAGUGAAAAUAAACUUAAAAAUAUACUCAUAUUUUAUUAAAAAUAAUAUUCUAAUAACAUCUGAUAUUUUAUUUUAUAAAUUCGUUGCGUUCAUGGAACUAAAAAAAAAUUUUACAUUUUUAUGACUAAAAAUUUUGAAAAAUUCUUCAAAAUUGAAAUUUUUAAAUUAAUGACUCGAGAAACUGGUCAUCAGAAUCAGUAAUCGAAAUGAUUUUGUACUUGUUUUUAUUAAAAGACGAUUUCAAGAAGAAAUAAAAGAAAAUUCAAAAUGACCUUAAAAGAAAAUAUUUGGAACCAAAUUCACAAUCACCUCGAAUUCUAAUAAGUGAAUAAGUAAAAAAAAUAAAUAUGAAUUAUCUUAUGGGCAUAAUAAAUGAUUUGAAUGAUAAAUAUAUAACGUGUGCCUAUCGUGACUGCCAGAAAAUCUGUAUGAAUUAAAUAACAAGGAAAUAAACGCCCAGAUUUUUACAUUCACUGCUUUUACAUCCGUAUUUCUUUGCAAUUGAUAACAAAAAAAGUUUAAUAAAAUAGUUAUUGAUCAAACAGAAGAGAAAUACUUAAAGUGAUUCAUGUAGAUUAUAAAAAAUUUUAUAUAUAUAUAUAUAUAUAAUAAAAAAAUAAAAAAACAAAAUAUGUAUUUAUAUUUGUGCGUUUAUUGAAAAAAGCGCACAUGCAGUAGACGAAGGAUCUUUCUAUUUAAAUGAAAAUAUUAUUUACUUAUUAUAUAAAGAGAAUAAAUUGGGAUUAAAUUUUAUUAUAUAUUACUUAUUAUAUUAAUGAAUAUAUAAAUAAUUAAAUGAAUAAUGUAUAUCAUAAGGGCGAUUAUUGUAUGAUAUUUGUAUAUAUUGAUUAAAAAAUGAGAAAUACAAAAAAAAUGAUUAAUUAAUAAGAAGUUAAGCAGAUUAGAUUAAUAAUAUAAGAAACAAAGUGGCGGAUACUUAUUGGCCAGUUAUAAACAUUAAUAUUAAU